UUUGGUGUUAAUUAUUCCUUACUGUGAAGAGCCAAAUACUGCACUAACAAGAAUAACGUAACCUACGUAAGUUAUGAAGCAAAAUAAUGAAAUAGAUGUUAUUCCAACACUUUCUGGCUGGGAGUUAGAACGUGGCCAGUACCACUUUGUGUCUGUCUGUCUGUCUACCAUCCCAACUCUGUUCUGCAUUUUGUACAUAUCAUUUUCUUUAAAAACGUUUCUUAUUACAUAUUUUAUGAUUCCUUGAAUGUUAUGUUUAUUCUUGCUUUCAAGUCUUAUGAAAAUGGUUCCAUAGCAUAGGUAAUCUUUAAUAACUUUAUUUUUUCCUUCAGUGUUACAUUUCUGUUUAUAUAUUUUGUUGGUUAUGAUUUGUUUGUUUUCAUUGUUGCUUGAGUAUUCCCCAAAGUAUCCAUGUAUCCAUUCUGUAUUCAUAGACAAUUGGUUGAUUCUAGGUUUUGUUUUGUUUUGUUUGUAAACUAUUAUGAACAGCAUUAUAAAUGUUCUUGAAUAUCUUCUUGAUGCACAUGUACAAGAGUUUAUCUAGGGUGUAUUCCUAGGAGAGGAAUUGCUGGAUUGUAGGAGGUGCAUGUUUAUUCUUACAAGAUAGUUCUGUAAUUUUUUUUCUUUUUUCUCCCUAUUGUUUGAGAAAGUGUACCAGUUAUACCCCUAAUAGCAGUGUACACAUCCUUACCAACACUUGGUAUUAUCAGACCAUUAAAUUUUUGCAAUUUAGUGGUUAUAAAAUGGCAUUUCAUCACUUUUUUGUCAUUUUUGCCUCCCAAAGGAGCCUAUUUUACACCUUUUUCCCUAAUUCGUUCAUCUCCCCUUCAUGAAAUUUUGAUACCACAGAUACCUAGCAUAUCAGUUUAUGUACUGUGAUCCUUUCCAGGCCACAAACUGUUGUAAUAUCUAAGAAUUUUUUUCACUCUUUAUGACAAGUUUUCAUCCCUUUCUCCAUUGAGAAUGCGUGAUUGUCACUCCAUUUUAUUUAUUUGCUUAAUUAUGUAUUUUUAUUUUAUUUAUUUGGCCACACCCUUGUAGCUUGUGUGAUCUUAGUUCCCCAAGCAAGGAUCAAACCUGGGUCCCCUGCAGUGGAAGCGCCGAGUCUUAACCACUGGACCACCAGGGAAAGUCUCAUAGAGUCGCUCUGUUUUUUUCUUUUCCUGCGUCCUCCAUCCUUAGUGUGACCAGAGGUCAGUGAGGGGUUUGAUGCCAUUCAAGUCCCUGAGUUAAGACUGGGAGUUUGGUGGGAGGAAGUCAGAGAAAAGCGAAACCAAGAGAAGACAUUUUUUUCUCCCAGUGGACAUUUUAGAGGAUAUAUUGUAGCUGGAGUAAAUUCUACUUAAAUCAGUAAUCUUAAAAAGUGAUUAAAAUUACCAUUUCUUUUUCAAGUACAUUCCUCAACAUCAGUGUUGAAUCUUUGAAUUAACUAAAAAUGCCUUUAGCAACAAACAGCUCAACUAAUCGUUGGGGCUUGGAGGUGGAAGUUUUCUUUAUUGUGAGUUUUAAUUCUUCAGUAACCUGAAAAAUGCUUUAUGUAAAGAGGCCAUUACCUUGGGAUAACAGGUUUCAGAAACAGGUAGAUACACAGAUGGAUAGGUUAAAUUUUCAACUUUAGUAAUGUUUUUUUGAAUCACAAAUCUUAGCAUUUCUGCUACAUAAGAAUGCUAGUGUACCUUUUAAAUGGCCUGAUGAAUUUAAUGCUAAAGAAUAGGUUAAUGGAAGAAAUUCAGAGUACAGAAGGAGACUCAAACAUAUGCGGUAAUUUAGUAUUUUAUGAAGGGCAUGUGUUCAGCCAAUGUGGAAAUGAGUUUUUCAGUGAACCCUAUUAGAAACUAUGGAUUAGCCAGUUGAGGAAAACCAGGUUGAUUCCCCCAAAAGAGAAUUUUGUUUUGUCAUAUUGACACGUUAUAAAGCCUAGAAGCUGUGAGGGAAAGAUGGAUACGUUUUUCUGUAUAAAAACUUGAAAUAUUAGCAUAUCAAAAAUUCCCAUACAUAAAAUAAGACAGUUCAAGUGGGACAAAAUAUUUGCAGUAUAUAUGAUGAAGGGCAAGUGUCCUUUGUAUAUAGAAUUCAUCACAAUUGAAAAGAGCUGUAGGGACUUCCUAGGUGGCGCAAUGGUUAAGAAUCCGCCUGUCAGUGCAGGCGACACGGGUUCGAUCCCUGCUCCAGAAAGAUCCCACAUGCUGCGGAGCAACUAAGCUUGUGUGUCACAACUAUUGAGCCUGUGUUCUAGAGUCCAUGAGCCACAACUAUUGAGCCUGUGUGCUGCAACUAUAGAAGCCCACACGCCUAGAGCCUGUGCUCCGCAACAAGAGAAGCUACCCCGAUGAGGAGCCCGCAUACCACAAUGAAGAGUAGCCCCCACUCACAGCAACCAGAGAAAGCCUAUGUGUAGCAAAGAAGACUCAGCACAGCCAAUAAAUAAAUAAAUAAGCAAAUAAAUUUAAAAAAAAAGAACUGUAACAAUAGGUAAAUACAAAAUGGGCAAAGAAUAGAAAAGGACAUUUUCUAGUGGGCAUCUAAUCCUGUGGCAGGUACUCACCCUCACUCAGAACUAAGGAGAUGGAGAGUUAAGUAACCCUGAUACACCUCCUAGAUAAUUGAGCAUCUGAAGAUGUGAAAGCACAUCCCAGCAGUGCUAGUUCUGAGAGUAUAUCUGACUGAUACAUUUGCAUAUGUACAAACAUAAAUUUGCUGCAGAAUAUUCCUACAGCAUUACAGCUGCAGAAAGCCAGACCCUCGUAGACUUAAUCAGUGAGAGCAUGGCUAAGUCAUUCCUCUUCUUUACAAUGGACGAUGUAUAGCUGUGGAAAGAGGGUUGAGUUCAGUGUAUUUCAGUGUAUGUUCAUGUGAAACUAUCUUCGUGAUAAAGUGGAAAAGCAAGUGUGAUAUGAUGGCUUCCGUAGUGUGAUUUUUAAGAAGGAAGGGUGUUUCUACUCAUUGACAUGCUUAGAUGUGCAGAGUAGUUUUAGAAGAAACCAAGAGAUUAUGAACACUCUUGUCUUACUUGGAGGACUAGAGUGGGUCACGAGACCUUUGUGUACUGUGAAAGUUUACUAUUUGCAGGAAUACCUUUUCCGGUUAAAGAGGUAACCACCCCUCCCUCCAACUCCUUAAAAAUCGUAUUUGACCUUACAGAUGGCUCAUGUUCAGAUGUUUGAUAGCUAGUGCUGUAAACAUACGGAGGAGGUCUUCCUGUCCUGCAGAAUGAGGGGUGACUUGGAGCAGCUGUGUUUGUGGGAGAGCAGUCUUGCCAGGUGGUUGUCAGCGUGUCAAAUGCUUGUAUACACUUGUUUCAGAACUCUGCUGCUGGGAUUCAGUCUUAGAGAUAUGUGUUAAUGAGUACACAGAAACAGUGCUCAUUGCAGCUUUUUUUGUGAAAGUGAAAGUGACGUGAAAAGAGGAGGAUAUAAUGGAACUAUUUAUUAAUGGGGACUACGUACAUAAGUUGUGGUCCUGUCAUGCAGUGAAUGGUGCUUUGUGGAGCUCUAAGCAGAUACCUCUGGGUGUUAGAGAGGGAGAUUUUACUGUAAAAAGUUUUUUAAAAUAAUGGCUUUAAGAUAUAAUUCACAAGCUGUAAAAUUUACCCUGCCUUAAAAUUUUUAAUAUAUACGUAUCAGUAGUGUGGAUGUGCAUAGGUUACUUUAAUAAAGGUAAACAUGGCCUGACUUUAAAAUACCAAGCUAAAAUAACUUUUUCUUUCCUUAGCUAUGCAGAAUAAACUUAGAAGAAAAAAAUGAAGUCCUUUUUACAGAAUAUAGAUUUGUUAGAAGAAUUUGGUGAAAAUGAGUUUUUAAAUCUUUUCGGUAACUUUUCGGUAGGUAAUAUGACUGUCACAGAUUCCAGGUGAAGAGUCUCCCCUUUCCAUGUGACUAGCCAUCCAGUACCUCUCUCCAGAGGUUACUUGUAUCCUUCAAAGAUAGGCCAUUCAGGAUGAACAAAUAUGUGUGUGUGUGUGUGUGUGUGUGUAUAUAUAUAUAUAUAUGUAUCAGGAAGGCUAGUUGUGAUUUUUCUUGUCAGAAUUGCAAUUUUAAUAAGUCAGAGCACCUCAGAAGCUUUUGGGCCAUAUGUAGUCAGUGGGCUGACUUGUUGCUUUCUUGUUGCUGCUGUUGAUGCUAACCUUCUAGUCUGCCACGUAGCCCAUGGACUGUUCAUUUCCCAGGUGCGGGAGCAGCAGCUCCCAUGUUGAGGUUGAUUUCUGGAAGGACUACAGCGUAGUCAUCACUAUUGGAAGAUGGACUCAUGUUUUGUUUUCACAAGUUGUGAACCAUCACUAAUCCAUUAUUUGCUGAUUUUUCUUAAUAACUUAUAUUUGUGUAUUUCACCAAGUGUUUUAGUAGAAUCUCUUCACUGUUGCCAAUAAAUCUGUGAGGUGGGCCAAACAUCAUUUAUCUCUUAAGUCUGAGAGUUUAGUAAGAUUGAUGCUAUUUGCCAGAAUUAAUAGAAGCAGCAUAAGAUGACGCUGGGAAAGGACUCAUGGAUAUUUAGGAGCUGUUUUUAUCCAGGAUAUAUCAGAGAGACAGCUGACAAAAGUACAGCAUUUAUUUUGUCUAUUUUUUUUUUAAGUGUGUACUUUAUGUAUGUAUGUAUGUAUGUAUUUAUUUAUUGGCUGCAUUGGGUCUUCGUUGCUGCGCGCAGGCUUUCUCUAGUUUUGGCAAGCGGGGGCUACUCUUCAUUGCGGUGCAUGGGCUCCUCAUUGCGGUGGCCUGUCUUGUUGCGAGGCAUGGGCUCUAGGCGUGCGGGCUUCAGUAGUUGUGGUGUACGGGCUUAGUUGCUCCGUGGCAUGUGGGAUCUUCCUGGACCAGGGCGCAAACCCGUGUCCCCUGCAUUGACAGGGGGAUUCUUAACCACUGUGCCACCAGGGAAGUCCUGUUUUGUCUUAAUGUUGAAAAAAUUAAAUAUAUUAUUAUAAAUAUAACAGGCAUUUGAAUUAUAUUUUAUUUUUAAGCCAUGUUUAUCAUACGAGGCUUUUUUUUUAAGAACAGAUUAUUGGGGCGUCAAGGAAGGGAGGGAAUAUGGGGAUAUGUGUAUAAAAACAGUUGAUUGAACCUGGUGUACCCCCCCAAAAAAAAAAAAAAAAAAAAAAGAACAGAUUAUUGUAGUCAGAUUAACAUGAAAACUUUGCACACUAGAUGCCUUUCAUCUAUUCUUUUAGAAAAGAAAAACUGUUCUAAAACUAAAGUUUUUAGUGGAUUCAUUAAUUAGUGAUGCACUAGUUUAAAAGAAAAUAAGAGCUCAUCAGCCCUUUAUACAGUUUUCAAAUAUUUAUAGACUUUACCCUCUAAGUAAUUUGUAAGAAAUUGUCCUAGAAGAAUAUUUGCCUGUGCUUGAGAAGACUUAAGAUGUUUAUUGCAUUAUUUUGGAUUUGAAAAGUGAAAAAAUGCAAAUAUGUAUUUAUUGUGGAAUGGUUAUGGUUGUGUUAAAAUACAUUGAAGUACUGCACAGCUAUAGAUCAUAGAAGAUUAAUGCAUUGAUGUGAAAAAUGAAAAAAGCCUGAAAAACUGUCCUAAAUGGAGCAAAAAUUGUAUCCUUGUAUAUGUGUUUUAGUACAAUUUUAAAAGGUUUAUACCAAGCUCUUAAGUCAUUGUUUCUUAGCGGAGGAGAAAGAAUUAUGUUUUCCAUUUAUUUAUUUAUUUGUUUAUUCAUUUAUUAUUUUUUUGGCUGCGUGGCAUGCGGGAUCUUAGUUCCCUGACUACGAGGAAUGGAACCCUUACCCUCUUUCAGUGGAAGCAUGGAGUCCUAACCAUUGGGCCACCAGGAAAGUCCCAAAUUAUGAUUUCAAAGUCAUGUAAAGUUAUUAGGUCCAGCCAGGUUGCUAAACUAGUAGGCAGAAAUGAAAAUUUAAAGGUAUUUCUAACUAGUAACUUAUUUCUACAUCUAUCUUAAGGAAGUACAGUGGACCCUUAAACGACACAGAUUUGAACUGAGCGGGUCCACUUACAUGUGGAUUUUUUCAAUAAGUACAUACUACGUACCACAUGAGCCAUUGCGAACCCCCUCAUUGUUCAAGGGGUCACCUGUGAUUGGCAGCACAAGCAAACAUUGGUACACUGAGAUGUUUGCGGUAGCAUUGUUUAUAAGAUUGAAAAGUUGGAUGCAGCAAAAAACGCUCUGAUGGAUGAGCAAAUUAUGCACUCAAGUGGUGGACUGUGCCCUUGAAACUAAUGUUGUGGGGCCUGUUCAGUGACUUACGAUUCCUUAGGAAAUUGUGAGCAAAACAAGGGUAAAAUUGUGUAUGCUGGAGAUUUCUGUGUGCUCUCAUUGGAAAUGUGUGGCUGAAUCAGAGUUCAUUGACUAUCAUGGAAAACCCUGAAAGCCCCCCUUCCCUGGGGCCCUCCCACUCCUUGGAGUCUGUCCCUCACCACAGCUUUAAGAUGAAAGGAAUCAACAGCCUGCUGCUCAAGUGCCACAGGCUGACCUUGGAUGGUUAGGUUUGUUGUUUGUUUGUUUGUUGAAUCUGAAACAUCAGAAGGAGAUGUAACAGUAUAAUGAUUCUCUAUGUAGCCAUCAUGUAGCCUUGGGAAUGAUCAGCUCAGGGCCAACUGUGUUUCAUCUUUGUAACCACUUCUCACAGAUCUCAAAACAAACCUCAUGUAUCCUGUCAUUUCUGUCAUUUCGUAUCCUGUCAUUUCCUCUCUAGGUGUUGCAGCAUUGCCAUUGGCUUUUGAAGUUCUCUUUUUUCUGCAUACAAAGAUUUGGUAUUAUAUUUGGUUGUGACGGAAUCUACUUCUUAGCAUGUUUUGUUUUUUUAAAUGAAGUAUAGAUUUACCAUGUUGCAUUCGUUUCUGGUGUACAGCAAAGUGAUUCAGUUAUACAUAUAUAUAAAUUCUUUUCCAGAUUCUUUUCCAUUAUCGUUUAUUACAAGAUAUUGAAUAUGGUUCCCUGUGCUAUACAGCAGGACCUUGUUGUUUGUCUGUUUUGUUUACAGUAGUUUGUAUCAUCUUAGCAUAUUUUUAAAAAUAUGUUGAGAAACAAUUUAAACAUGCAGAAAUAUACAAUAAUAUAAUGAAAUCUCUGGGUUUCAUCUCCCAGUUGUCAAUGAUUGUUGGUGUGAAGACUCUUAUUUCAUCUUUAUUCUGUCUUUGCACACUGAAUUAUUUUACAGUAGUUCCUAGACAUAGAAUUUCAUCUGUAAGUACUACAAAUAGUAUAUCUAGAAGAUAAUUUUAUUUAAAAUAUUCAUAAUUUAAAAAAUAAUUUCUUAACAUUGUCUAAUAGUCUUCAAACUUCCCAGAUUGUCUCAAAAAGGAUUUUCUUAAAAUCAUUUGUUUGACUCAGAAUCCAAAAUAAGAGCCACACGUUAGGAUGCUUUGUAAGUCUUUUUAAAUCUGUUUGAAGAAAUUAAUUUUAAAGUCUCUCAUAUCUUGGAUUUUGCUGAUUGUAUACUUAUGAUGCAGUCUUUUUAAUGUUUUCCCUUAUCUUUGAAAUUUCUCGUAACCUGGGAGUUAGAUCUGGAAGCUUGAUGGUCAGAAUCAAGUUCUGAUUUGACAGAGUAGUGCAGGAGCCAAGCUGGUGGGGCGGCACAAGCAGCCUGACCUGGUUGUACAGGCCCCCAUCAGCCUUUGGCCUCAUGCUUUAAUCAGCCGUUGAGAAUUAUUGCGUAGAUCAAUUAUGUCACUACGGUUACUGCUUGUCAGUAAUUUAAAAACACGUAAAACACUCACAUGGUUCAGAGUUUGAAAUACGAAAGAUCUGUUGUGAAGUCUGUCUUCUGCUCUGUUCUUCAGCCCCCCUGGUUGGCCCUGGAGGUAACUAGUUGUUUGCUUUCUUCUCUCUCUCUCUCUUUUUUUUUUUUUAGCACAACUAGUAAUGUGCUGAACACAUGCUGUAUUUCUGCCCCCCGCCCCUUUUUGGUUUAAUUUUUCAGCAUAUCUUUGAGAUUAUUUCCUAUCAUAUAGUUUACAUCCUUUUUGUGGCUUCAUAGUAUUUCAAAGGAUGGGUGUCUGCUUUAUAGGGCCAGAGCCCUGUUGAUGGUCAAAGUGCUGCAUUACACAUGGGCGUAUUGUGAGUGUGUCUAGGAAGGAUCCCUAGAAGUGGGACUGUUGGCCCAGAAAGGAUAUGCUUUUGUUGUUUUGGUAGCUAGUGCCUCGGUGUUCUCCAGAGGGGUGAAUGCUUCCACCAGCGGUGUGUGAGAGCUCCCAUUUUCAUAUCUUCACUAACAGAGCGAGUUACCAAACUUUCGGUUUUUGCCAGAGAGGUGUAAAAACGUAUUUCUUUGUGGGACUAACAGGGUUGUCAUAAACGUGUUUCUUUGUGUAGGUGUUCCCUUCCUUAGACCCUCAGCUUGAGCUAAUGGCUGGGACCCCUGGCACUUUUCUACCCCAAACUCAGGUUAUCUGGGAGAAAAUGCCUCACCAUUGGCUCCUUCUAGCCCAGCACAGCCUCAUGCUGACCACACCAGGGCCAGGUCUUGAUAUUUGAGAGUGUUGUAUUCAGGAAUUCCCUAGGAGAGGGAGUAUGUCAUCUGUGUAAAUACAUCUCAAGUUUCUCAACUUGGACACAGACACACAGAGCACUGUUAUCUCACAUUAACUUACCUGUGGAAAGGUUACAAGGCAGCACAUUUCUUCAGUGUUCACGUGUGGGAAAUAUAAAGAUUUGCUUCUCUCUAAUUCAGUGAAAAUGUUCAUCUUUUCCCCACGUUGUCUUGCUUUGUGAUGUUUUAUUUGAUAGGUUUCCAGGGCAACACACCAUAUCAGCUAAUGGGACCAGUUCUGCUUACAGGUGUGCAGUGUGAUAGUCACGCUCUCUCAGGUCCUGGGUUAGAGUCCCUCUGCGACCUUGGGCAAGUUAUUUUGCCCUUUUCUAUUUUGUAUAAGCUGGGCUCGUGAUAACUUCCUCAGAGCUGUGAUUAAGUGUGGGGAGUUUGGAGUCAAACCACAAGGGUCCUUGCAUUCUGACACUAUUGCUCAGGAGUUUGGAGACUGUGCCUCCAUUUCAUCGGAGUGCCCCUGUGUGCUGUAUUGAGGCACAUGUUUGUUGUGACUGUUCUGCUGACAGCAUGGGCGCCUCUCAGGCUUACUGAUGCUGCCGAGCAGGCAGGGUCAGGGAGAGAGAGCACCUCUCGUCCUGUGUGUGGAUGGACAGCCUUAGCAAUGAGACCUGUGUGCCAGCGGUGUGCUCAGGCCUGCAGAGUCAUUCAUGGUGAGUCUGUAACUCACCACCCUUGAGUUAUAAAGGUGGAUGACUUCCUGGUAAGUGGUAGGUUGUAAUUCGGACUUAAUUUUUAGAUUUGAGUACCUUUUUUUUUUUAAUCAUUUAAACCUGCUUUUUGAUUUAGGAACCAAUCUGAAGUUGAAAAGCACAUUGAAGAGAAGGGCCAUCUUUUAAAGAACAUGGCAGUUAAGAGAUGUCUCUGCAGUCUGCCUAUUCUUUUUUUUUUUUUUUUUCAGUCUGUCUAUUCUGUGUUGUGAGGUUUAUCAUUUAAUUUUAGCUUAUCAGAUGUCUGCGUCCAUAGCCAAUUUAUAUUCUGCUUAAGAUGCAGGUGGCUGCUUUGAUUGGAAAAGGCACUGGCAGAAUUGUCUAUUCUCCACUCCACCCCUGAUGAGUGGAUCCCUGGCUCUGUAUCAGGUGUAUGAUCCCUCUUUUUGGGAGGACAGUAGAGGAACUCUGCACUGAAAUCUCAGCACCUGUGCAUGGGUGACCCUGGGGUCUCUCGGGCUGGUCUGUUAGGAGCUGUUGUCCCAGGUGAGCGCAGGUGGUGCGUGACCCGAGUCAGCUCAGUGGCGCUUUGAUCCUGGCGAGUCCCCACCUUGUCAGCAGAGCUGGUCAACUCAACAUGCUUCCAGGAAAGGCAGUGCAUGCAUGCAAACAAGUGCCAACCAUUGGCUUUCCCAACUGUUUGAUUUGAAUAUAGUGAAAUGUUUAUUGAUAAUAUUUGGGGACCAGUGACAGGAAAGAGGUCCUCAGUUGCAAGUGUGUGGAGUGAAAUCUGGGAGUUGGCCUUGUGGAUGGCAGGGCUUGACACCAUCACAGAGCCUCCUCCCUGUCUUGACCUACUCCUAGGUAUGCAUUUAUUUGAAAAGAGGGGACCAUAGUCCUUUCCAGUGUCCCUAGUGUCCACCCCAGUGUCACACUUAUCCGUGUGGAGUGCUCUCUCGUGCCAUAUUUGGAGGGAGAGACGUGGGUUAUCACUCCUUGGCCCGUUGGCCUAGCUUUCACCUGCCUUAUUAUCAUGUCCACCCAGAACUUUCCUUGCUGUUUCUUGGUGGUGGGUCAUUCAUCCUGCCUGACCCUGUCAUCCACUGCUAACCUCACUUGCUGUCUGUGACAUGACGCUGACUUCAGCAGCUUGGGAGGUGCUGCUUAUCACUGGUCCUAGCCUGACAGUUGGAAAAGUGAAGUCCUGUUUGUAUGUUUAUCUGAAGUUAUGUUGGGGCCUUUAGUUACAGCAAAUUAACCACUUAGUAUAUGUGACUGCUUAUUAAUUAGUAUUUUAUUGAUUCCCACCAACUCUUUUCAGAGUGUCUUUUCCUUUAUCUUUUUGGGUAAGCAGUAGCCAGUUUUCCCGCUGCUUUUAGACGAUAGGCAAUAACUAAACGUGUUCAGAGCUCUCAGUAACAUUUGUUCUAUUGUUUUGUUUUGAGGUGGAAGGGGGAACUCUACCCUCAGAACAUGAGGGAAUAAUAUUUACGUGGCUCACAAAGACCAGCGAUGGAUCACUUGGAGUCCUUUAUCGCUGAGUGUGAUCGGAGAACUGAGCUCGCCAAGAAGCGGCUGGCAGAGACACAGGAGGAGAUCAGCGCGGAAGUUUCCGCGAAGGCAGAAAAAGUACAUGAGUUGAAUGAAGAAAUAGGGAAGCUUCUUGCUAAAGCUGAGCAGCUGGGAGCUGAAGGAAAUGUGGAUGAAUCCCAGAAGAUUCUUAUGGAAGUGGAGAAAGUCCGUGCAAAGAAAAAAGAAGCUGAGGAAGAAUACAGGAAUUCCAUGCCUGCAUCCAGUUUUCAACAGCAGAAGCUGCGUGUUUGUGAAGUCUGUUCAGCCUACCUUGGUCUCCAUGACAAUGACCGUCGUCUUGCAGACCACUUCGGGGGCAAGUUACACUUGGGGUUCAUUCAGAUUCGGGAGAAGCUCGAUCAGUUGAGGAAAACUGUGGCUGAAAAGCAGGAGAAGAGAAAUCAGGAUCGGCUGAGGAGGAGAGAGGAGAGAGAGCGGGAGGAACGACUGAGCAGGAGGUCUGGAUCAAGAACCAGAGAUCGCAGGAGGUCGCGCUCCCGGGACCGGCGUCGGAGGCGGUCAAGAUCUACCUCCAGAGAGCGGCGGAAGUUGUCCCGUUCCCGGUCCCGAGACAGACACCGGCGCCACCGAAGCCGUUCCCGGAGCCACAGCCGGGGCCACCGCCGGGCAUCCAGGGACCGGAGUUCAAAAUACAAACCUGGAUCCGGGGCGCGGAAUUCAGCGGUACUUCUCCGUCAGCACUACCGCCAGGCCCGUCAGGAACUUAUCCCACGCCGCCUGCAUCUCCACCGUGAACUCGCCCUGCAGGUGGGAGGCCAGCACCACCUGGAAACACUGGAUCAGCAGCUGCAGGAGAAGAGGCAGGUAAGCCUCGUAGCAGAUAUGCUGUCAACAGCACUGGAGAGCACACCGAGGACCAGGAUGGUGACUCCAGGUACAGCUCUGCAGUCACUCUGCAGCGGGGCUGGUCCUCCCGUUGACCCAGAUGUUUUCUCCCCUGAGGAGCCCCGUGUUCUCUUCCCCACUUGGUUUUCAGAUGUCAUUCUGGCAACAAUUUUGGCAACCAAGUCUGAAAUGUGUGGCCAGAAGUUUGAACUGAAGAUCGAUAACGUGCGUUUCGUUGGGCACCCGACGCUGCUGCAGCACGCGCUGGGCCAGGUCUCCAAAACAGAUCCAUCCCCGAAGAGGGAGGCUCCCACCAUGAUUCUUUUCAAUGUGGUAUUUGCACUGAGGGCCAACGCGGACCCGUCAGUGAUAAACUGUCUGCACAACCUCUCUCGCCGCAUUGCCACUGUGCUGCAGCACGAGGAGCGCCGCUGCCAGUACCUCACACGGGAAGCCAAGCUGAUCCUGGCGCUGCAGGACGAGGUGUCCGCCAUGGCCGAUGCAAAUGACGGGCCUCAGUCCCCAUUCCAUCACAUCCUGCCCAAGUGCAAGCUGGCCAGGGACCUCAAGGACGCUUACGACAGCCUAUGCACGUCUGGAGUGGUGCGGCUCCACGUCAACAGCUGGUUGGAGGUGAGCUUCUGCUUGCCUCACAAGAUCCACUAUGCAGCCACAAGCCUCAUCCCCCCCGAGGCCAUCGAGCGGAGCCUGAAGGCCAUCCGCCCAUACCACGCCCUGCUGCUGCUCAGCGACGAGAAGUCCCUGCUGGGCGAGCUCCCGCUCGACUGCUCCCCAGCCCUGGUGCGCGUGAUCAAGACCACGUCUGCCGUGAAGAACCUGCAGCAGCUAGCCCAGGAUGCAGACUUGGCCUUGCUGCAGGUUUUCCAGCUUGCAGCUCACCUGGUGUACUGGGGCAAAGCCAUCAUCAUCUACCCGCUGUGUGAGAACAACGUCUACAUGCUUUCUCCCAACGCCAGCGUGUGUCUGUACUCCCUGCUGGCCGAGCAGUUCUCACGCCAGUUCCCAUCUCACGACCUGCCGUCCGUCCUCGCCAAGUUCUCGUUGCCCGUCUCCUUGUCAGAAUUUAGGAACCCUCUGGCCCCCCCUGUGCAGGAGACGCAGCUCAUCCAGAUGGUGGUGUGGAUGCUGCAGCGCAGGCUCCUGGUCCAGCUGCACACCUACGUUUGCCUGAUGGCCUCACCCAGCGAGGACGAGCCCCGCCCCCGGGAGGAGGACAUGCCCCUCACCACCAGGGUCGGCGGCCGCAGCCUCAGCACGCCCAACGCUCUCAGCUUUGGCUCCCCAACCAGCAGUGACGACAUGACCCUCACCAGCCCCAGCAUGGACAACUCCAGCGCAGAGCUGCUUCCCAGUGGGGACUCGCCGCUCAACAGGAGGAUGACGGAGAACCUGCUGGCCAGCCUGUCCGAGCACGAGCGGGCAGCCAUCCUCAGCGUGCCCGCGGCCCAGAACCCCGAGGACCUCCGCAUGUUUGCCAGGCUCUUACACUACUUCCGUGGCCGCCACCACCUGGAGGAGAUCAUGUACAACGAGAACACACGGCGCUCCCAGCUGCUGGCACUCGUGGACAAGUUCCGCAGUGUCCUGGUGGUGACCACCCAUGAGGACCCGGUCAUCGCCAUCUUUCAGGCCCUGCUCACCUGAGCUGGGGGGCACCAGACAGAGCCUCCCCAACCCCAGGGCUCCCUCCUUCCCUCCUGUUGGGGCUGCUGCCCUCCGCAUCCUCACGCGUGUCCAGUCCUCAAAACAGCCUCACUGUCUCUGAGCUGAGAAGGUGAGGCUCGAGCUGGGGGAGCGUCCAGGACUCUCGCUUCUGAGAGUGUUUCUCUCAGAGCCCCUCUCCCAACCCUGCCCGUGUUCCCCCGGCCCACUCCUUGGGGGUCCAGAGUGUGAGGUCCAAGUGCCUGGCCCAUCCUGUGUGGUCCAGUGCUGGCCGCCUGCAGGCACCCUUCCCCCCAGCUUCCUGGGUACCUUUCCCAGCCCUGCCCCCACCACAGUCCUGCGUUAGCCACCAGGAGGCUAUGGCCAAGUGGUCACCCCCAUGCCACUUGAGUUAUGAGGACCUGGGCUAAUGGUGUCCUGUGGCUGGCAGGGCCUGGGGAAUGUGCUUUGUUGGCUUCCCCGUGGGGUAUGUCUGCACGGGUGCUCCCCACACAGGGCUGCCUCAGGCCU